AUGUCGGCAUCUAACGAUUGCAAAUCUCUCACUUCUCUCACGAUAACGCCCCUUCAUCACACUUAUGCUAUUGGAAUUGCAGUAACUAUCGUUUCACUGUAUCUAUUGAUUGCUUAUAGUGACCUCAUAUCAUUUUCAUCAAAUUCCUUACAAAGUUCAAUGAAUGGUGCAGCGGGAACAGAUGAAUUUCCAGAAGCAUACCACAAGUUCCUUAGACACAUUAGAUCUUGCGUGCCUAUAUUCAACUUGAUUGAGCGGUAUCUUCUGCUUAACAUCGGCUACAGAGGACGACGUUUGUGUGUACAGCAACGAAAGCGCUACCACACCCGGCCAAACGGACCAAAUGCAAGCCUAUCGUUGGUGGGAGCAUAUGCGUAUCCCAACUAUUCUGUAAUCACUUUCGAAGAGGAUCAACAAUACGGACGCUCAGUCUAUUGCCGCUAUUUCAAUGAGCAGAAUAUCGAAUUUAUCGAACCGGUCAAAUCUCGGGUGUUCCCCGAGCAUGUUGUUCACUGCUGUAGGCAUGAUGGGGCUGUUUACAUGGGUGUUACACAUAGAAAAUUUGAAGAGGUGAUUGUUCACAUCCCGGUGUUGAGUAGAAACGGUGAGGAUGAAUACAAGUUGUCGUUUUGUCUUUCACCGAUGUAUGGAAAUGAGACAAAGUGGCUGCUACUAGUUGAAAUGAUCGAGCAUUAUAAACUGCAAGGAGUUGAGCAUUUUUACCUAUACAUUCAAACAGUCGAUGAUUAUUCACGUCGGCUUAUCGAUGACUAUGUAAGAGACGGAGAUGCUGAAGCAGUAUAUAUAAGUGAAAGACCACAACGAAGAUGGCGGCAACUUUUUGGAAUACAGGCAUGGCUUUUAUCAUAUGUAAUGCGUGUUUGA